GAUCAAUGUAUCAGAGUUUUUCUUUGGAUUGAGACGAACAGAGGUUUUUUUCAUAAUCUGCUGCAACUGAUAAGCUCAAAUCAGAUAAUCACAGUUUUCAUUCAGAGUAGCAGUUCGCGAUCAUUCUGUAAAUUGAACAUCUUACUGGUUUCAAAAUGAAAAGUAGUUUAAGUUUUUUAGUAAUUUCUAUUUCUUCGAUCAGUUUGACGGGGGCAGCCUUUUUGCCGCAUCUGCCGGAAUGGGAUCAAGUCAAGUCUCGCCACGAGCGGCCCUGUGCCAAGUUCCUGGGAAUUUCGAAUAGUACUCUGGAUCGGUACAGCCGGUCCGAGUUCGAUACCGCUGAAAGUGAGGACUUUUACUGUUUCUAUCGGUGUGUCCUGAUUGUUGACGAAAGUUACGAUGAUAAAAUCGGACUAGUGAUGUACAAGAUGAUGCAGUAUUUUGCGGAUGGAACAAUGGAUUUAAACCAAUUUUUUGACCACUACCAAGGAUGCUUGAUGCUGGACCAGACUAGGGAUGGCCAGUGGUACGGAAAGUGUGAGAAAGCCUACCGGAAGCACAGCUGUAUGACUCGAAAGCACCAAGAAAUGUUGCAGCUACUAAAAGACAACCCGCAAGCGUAUGAUUUGUCCGCCUCCAAAAACGAAUGAUUUGUUUUUUAUUUAUGAAAAAAAAAAACGUAGUUCUAAUAGUUUGGAAAAAAAGUUGUGUCCUCUCUUCUAAUAUUAAACGCUGAAAUAAUUGUCACAACUCAUAUCGGUCGAAUUCAAUAAAUUAUUGUAAACCAAACAGUUUCCAGGAAAAAUGAUCGGUGAGAAGAUGAUGCAAAACAAAACAUUGUGAUGUUAUUGCCACAAUUCAAUGAGCUAAGCUAUGAGAUAAGUUCGAAUCUUCCAUCAUCAGUUACACUCUAGAUCUGGAUCAGAGAUGUCGCGCCCAGUGAUUAAAUUAUCAUCUUUUUUGCUGCUUUACUCAACGUUUCUAACUGUGAACAGCCUGGUUUCCGAUGAGGAGUACUACUCCUAUCUAAGAUAUUGCGAGUCUCCGUAUCUGGAUCCGAUAUUCCGAGACCACUCGAUAGUGCCUUUUUUCACACCCAAAACCGUACUGGAGAAUUCGGCCUGCAUCAUGCGCUGCAUGGGACAGAUGGCCGGGAUUUACAACCUUUCAACCGGGGACCUGAACUGGAGCAAGCUACUGGAUGGUGCCGAGGAUGUGGAGUGGCUUCAGAACUACAAGGAAAAUAUUGUGGCCUGUAUCGACCAACUGGAUAAUUCCGAAAGCGAACAAAAAUUCAAAAGUUGUGCACGCGAGGCCGAUUUGAUUUUCUGUGAGCGAAUGGCUUUUAGGAAAAGGGAUUCCAACGCUAAAACUGAACCAGCGGCAACAAAAUAAACUGGCACUUACUUCCAAUGAAGACAAUAUCUCACCGGUCAAAUUUUGUUUAAUGUUUGAUGUUCUAAAUUAAAAAAUUAUGUAUGAUCAAAA